GGAUAUCAACGCCAUAUUAGGGGCCUGUAUUGGUUUAGUUGAGGUCGAUAGAGAACGUUCUGUGGAUCGCCUAAUUCACUACACUGCGCAGGACUCUUCACCACAUGUAAGGGAUGGCUAUGCUCAAAUCCUCCCUCUGAACUUGCCAAUAUUUGCCUUGAAGCGUUGUCACUACCGCCACCUGCUGAUCGCUCUGAUGACUGGCCAUUCGGUGGGAAGUCGAGUGAGUAUGCUGCGGACAACUGGGGAAAUCAUGCGCGUGGUCUGGUUGAGGAGACAAUCAAGGCGAUAACAACACAUGGUCUUCUUCAUUGCGAACAGAACAUUAAAAGACUGGGGAAUACGAUGGACUCCCAUGACUCUGUGAGGCAUAUAUGCGCCUUUUGGGGGCUUAGCUCGAACCAUUGAAUGUGAACUACAAAACGGAGCUAUUGUAGACCAACGAGGUCGUACAGGUGGAACAGCUCUGCACAUCGCAACAAGAAUGAAUCAUGUAGAGGUGGUAGGGCUACUACUCGAUGGAGGCUAUGACGUAUAUUUCACAGGACAGUGCGCAUGACACCAUUCUCCUACGCAGGCUGGUAUGGACAGGUGGAGAUCGCCAGAUUGUUGCUGGCAAGAGAUGAUGUGGAGGCCGAUUCCAAAAAUGAGGAGGGCCGAACACCGCUCUCAUUUGCAGCCUGGUAUGGGAAAUUGCAGUUCAAAGCGGCGAAAAAUGGAUGCGUGCCUCUUCUCUCUACAGAAGAUAUUGACGUGAACCUGCAAGACAAGUAUGGAGACUCACCACUGCAUUAUGCAGUGCGUUAUGGACAUCAGAAUGUAGCCUCCUUGCUUCUCUUGCAUUGCAAUAUCGCACCAAAUUUGAAGAACGUGAAGGGACAGACACCACUGCACUGCGCAGUCUUGGGUGUUGAUGGAGAAUAUGAUGUCAACUACAACUCUGCAAGCUCGCGGGAGGCUACUGUGAGCCUUCUUCUUGCGCGCAAUGACGUUCGUGUUGGUUUGGAAGACGACAAUGGAUUGACAACACUGAUGCUUGCUUGCUCUCUCGAGAUUGCGUCCGUCGUAAAACUCUUUUGAAGAGUAUACAGCGGGCUCGGGGUUUAGCUCUAUGGAUGAAAGAGAAAACCGCCUUAAGCGGACGCACAGAGCUUGGAAUAGAACACCAUCAAUAGGCAUGACGAUUGUUGGUCAUCAGACAAUAUAUAGGAGAGAUAUUGCACUACCUUUAUUAUGUUCAAUACCACUGAUUAAAAAGCAAUGUACUUCUCUUAUAUGGCUGACUUUACCUUCCCUC